AUGAAUCACAAUGUUGAUUUUAAGACCAUCAGUUCAAGUCAGGUGUCUAUGGGUGACCUUCAGAGACUUCUUAGCCAAGGAGAAUACCCUCCUUUUACCUCUGCUCCCAUCUUCGAGAGCAAGUUUGUACAGGUUAAUCGAAGAGGGGAACCAAUUUCUGUCCAUAACCGUCCCAGCUGUGUGACCAUUGGCAUCUGUGCUGCCAAUCCCAGUUCACCAAUGCCCGAUGUAAUGCUGGUAGCACACGAGGUGCCCGUGUCCCCACAGGAAAGUACAACAAACUUCUGGCAACUCUCGGAGCAGCCAUCCUACACUGAACAGCUAGCACUUACCAGGUUCUUCCCCCUGAAGCUUGUCGAACUCUCCGUCCACAACACAGAUAAGCAUCACCUCCUGUUAAAAUUAGUAAAUGGCCGUUGCUAUUAUCUAGAGCUCUGUGCCCCAUCAGACCAGCGACAACACCUAUUCCACCUGUGGCUACAGCUCAUCUCUCUCCUGAAACCCCCACAAAAUACCAGCAAUACUGAAGUCGAUGUAAAAUGCAAGGAUUUUGGCAUGCAUCACAAGAAAGCUCCCAGUCCAAACAACCCAUCAGAAAAUAGGGAUGAUGCACAAGAUAUGCCUAACCCCAAAACAGAGAAAGAAGAAAUUGCUAAACAAACCUCCUCCAACCAAGUUCCCAUCUCAG